UAUGAAGUGUUUAAAUAAGCAUUUCCUUGAUUUCAUCCAGCCGUCACAAGUUAUUAAUACUUUCAAAUCAACCAAAACCACUCGGUCUCUCGCUCUAUCUCUCUCAAGUCUCAAAUCUCAAUAAUAUCUUUUUUCAGGUGAAUCAAAUCCUUCUCUUUCGGAGACGAUGAACAGUCUUUUGCGACGAGCUACCGCACAGAUCGUUUCGCACACGAAAAAUGUUGGAGGAUCAAGGAUUAUCUUGGCUAGGUGGACUAGUACAGAAGCGGUUCAAAGUGAUGAGGGGUUCAAGGGACAUGGUAUGUUAGCUCCUUUUACUGCUGGGUGGCAGACCAGUGAUUUACACCCCUUGGUGAUAGAGAGGUCUAAGGGUUCAUAUGUCUAUGAUAUCAAUGGGAAGAAGUAUCUCGAUUCUCUUGCUGGUCUAUGGUGCACAGCUUUAGGGGGCAGUGAACCGCGUCUUGUUGAUGCUGCAACCAAACAGCUAAAUACUUUACCAUUCUACCACUCGUUUUGGAAUCGUACCACAAAACCCUCACUGGAUCUUGCAAAAGAACUUCUUGAAAUGUUUACAGCUAGUAAAAUGAAGAAAGUUUUCUUCACAAACAGUGGCUCAGAAGCUAACGACACUCAGGUGAAACUGGUAUGGUAUUACAAUAAUGCACUCGGAAGGCCAAACAAGAAGAAGUUUAUUGCUAGAUCCAAAUCAUACCAUGGGUCGACUCUCAUAUCAGCUAGUCUUUCCGGCCUUUCUCCAUUGCAUCAGAAUUUUGAUCUUCCUUCUCCCUUUGUAUUGCAUACUGAUUGUCCUCAUUAUUGGCGGUUUCAUCUUCCAGGUGAAACGGAGGAACAGUUUUCAACCAGACUAGCAACCAAUUUGGAAAAUUUGAUCAUCAAAGAGGGGCCAGAAACGAUUGCUGCAUUUAUUGCAGAGCCUGUAAUGGGAGCAGGAGGUGUGAUACCUCCACCUGAAGGUUAUUUUGAGAAGAUUCAGGCUGUUGUGAAAAAGUACGAUAUUCUAUUCAUUGCAGAUGAGGUAAUCUGUGCAUUUGGGAGGCUUGGAACUAUGUUUGGUUGUGAUAAGUACAACAUCAAGCCUGAUCUUGUCUCCGUAGCCAAGGCACUUUCCUCUGCAUAUGUGCCCAUUGGAGCCGUUCUUGUUAGCCCAGAAGUUGCAGAUGUUAUAUCUUCCCAGAGCAAUAAACUCGGUGCACUUAGUCAUGGAUUUACCUAUUCUGGACAUCCAGUGGCAUGUGCUGUCGCAUUGGAAGCCCUCAAAAUUUAUCAGGAGAGAAACAUUGUUGAGCAAGUCAAUAGCGUGGCCCCAAAGUUUCAAGACGGUUUAAAAGCAUUUUCCUCAAGUCCUAUUAUUGGAGAGAUUCGUGGAACGGGUUUGAUUUUGGCUACCGAAUUUGCUGAUAACAAGUCACCUGACACCCCGUUCCCUCCUGAAUGGGGGAUAGGUGCAUAUUUUGGAGCACAGUGUGCAGAACACGGGAUGUUGGUGCGGAUUGCUGGUGACAACAUAAUGAUGUCUCCACCUUUUAUAAUCACCCCUGAUGAAAUCGACGAGUUGAUAAGCAUCUAUGGGAAAGCGCUAAAGGCAACUGAAAAGAAGGUGGAGGAACUGAAAUCUCAGCAUUAAGCACGCGGUUGAGAAUGCUCAAAGGUGGUUAGGCAAAUCUUCAUGGAAAGCUUGAAUGAAGAAUAGUUGAUCUCAUGAAUAUACUUUAUCCUUGUGGUUUCGGUACAGUUUUGAUUGUGAAAGUAAGUGGUCUUUUGUUCGUUUCAACUGGUUUAGACCAACCGUUUGCGUAAAAACGUGUUGACGGGUUGACAUGUUGAUGCAAUAUAAAAAAAUCUAUAACAAGUUCUAUUUUUUAGGUUUCAAUAUCAAUAGUUUCUUGCA